GUUGUACUGAGACUCUAACCUGAGUUAGCUCCGCACAGCACUGAGGGAGCGCGUCAGUGUUGGGGCUGACCUGUUAAACGGGCGCCCACCUGCCCCAUCAGGUGACUUUGAAAGAUCCCAGGGCACUCUGUAGAAGACGAGCUAAAGCGUUCUCCCCCUCAAUUUUGACCCCAGAAGACGAGCAAGAGCUUUGACUCUGUAGAAGAUGACCUAGAGUGUUCUCCCCCUCAACUUUCUUCCUUAAAAGCAUGAGGUGUCGACUGUCUACUUCCCCCCACCGAUGCUGCCUGACCCGCUGAGUUCCUCCUGCAAAUUGUUUGAUUCUCCGGAUUCCAGCGUCUGCAUUCUCCCGAGUACAGGAAAGUCGGGUUUUGCGGAUUGUGGGAGCUUGCUGUGCGAAAGUUGGGAGCCCCACUUCCUUGCGUUACACUCAAGGCUAAGAUUUGAAAGUGUACAACAGUAGCUUACGGCGCUUUGGAACGUCGUGAGAUGCUACAUCAAUGCAAAUUCCUCCCCAUGGACUACGGAGCAGCCAAGUAUUCAGAGAGUGCAUGCAGACGGGUAACUUCAAGUGGUCGCUACUAGUAACAGAAACACUCCGUGGAGCCCAGAGCGACCUGUCAAAACUUCAGACUCUGGAAAAGGAUACAAGCCAGAACUUGACAUGUGCAUUUUAUAUUAUUUUUCUAGCCACGUGGGGAUUGUCAGAGCCGUUUCCUGGUUGCGCUCAGCUACACAGUGCACGUGUCCCCCCCUCUCUCUCUCUUUCUUUUUCCUGUUCCCUGCUAAACUCCUCGUAUAAAUAGUGAAGCCGAAGACCUAACCCAACGUCAGUCAGUGUUGGGGAGAGGGCCGCGGUUACCAGUUGGAGAGGCCGCCGUGCUGACUGCACAAUAACCAUGCCCAGCUUGCUUCCGUGGCUCCCUGUUACCCAACAGUCAGACCAGAGUGCCGGUACCUUCCCAGUGAAAGCGCUGCUGAUUCGGGCGACCCGCGGAUAAAACGUCUGGCUCCUGGGAGAGAGUUACCCAAGGACACCAGACUCGGUGCGGUUUCCAAACAAGAACCGUGAACGCCGCUGACUCCGCAGCACCAUCAAUCACCCCAACACACUCCGCUCCUUCCUUUCACAUUGAUCCGUAAAGGGCAGGGGAACAGCAAAAAAAAAGAUCGAGGAUUAAUAUUAUUAUUGCACCGCUCGCCAGGCGGCUUACUGCUGCAUCCCAGCACAAAGAUGCUCAUUCUGGAGAUCUCUCUCUUUCUGAUUUACACUGCCUUCUUGCAAAGGGACUCUGCUUAUGAAUCCAGCCAAGACUAUUACGAUGAUUAUCAGGACCCGGUAGAUGCGAAGGGUCAGAUGAGCAGUGAACUGGAGCAGCAGUUACGGUCGGUAUCCAGUGUGGAUGAACUCAUGACGAUAUUUUACCCUGAGCACUGGAAAAUGCUGAAAUGUCAGUCAAUGAAAGGGCGGCCACAAUACAGGGAGACUGGGCUCGCCACUGUAGCAGAAGAGCCUGUGACAUUUGCGGCAACUUUUUACAACCCUGAGAUUCUCAGAAGUAUUGAUUUUGAGUGGAAAAAGACUCAGUGCAUGCCCAGGGAGGUGUCCUUGGACGUGGGGAAAGAAUUUGGGUCAGCAACAAACACCAUCUUUAAACCGUCCUGCGUGUCUGUCUACAGAUGUGGUGGCUGCUGCAAUAGCGAGGGAAUAACAUGUAUGAACACCAGCACUUCGUAUGUUAGCAAGACUCUAUUUGAGAUUACCGUACCAAUUUCCCAGGUUCCAAAACCCAUAACAAUCAGCGUUGCAAAUCACACGGGCUGCCGAUGUAUGUCAAAGCUGGAUUUCUUCAGGCAGGUCCACUCGAUUAUCAGACGCUCCAUAUCUACAUCCCAGUCAGAUUGUUUGAUGCCAAACAAAACUUGUCCCAAGAAUCACAUCUGGAAUAGUUUUUUAUGCAGAUGUGUGAUGCAGUACGAUCUCAGCAGAUUACUGCCCUCAAAAGGUGAUUCAGAGGGUUACCUUGGUUUCCAAAGUGUCUGUGGGCCCAACAAAGAGCUGGAUGAGGAUACCUGUCAGUGUGUGUGCAAAGGAGGGCUGCGCCAUUCCAGCUGCGGACACCACCGAGAGCUGGAUAAGGACACCUGCCAGUGCGUGUGCAGAAACGGACUGUAUCCUGCCAUUUGUGGUCCCCACAAGCAGUUUGACGCAGAUUCCUGUGAGUGCAUUUGCAAGAAAACUUGCCCGAGGCAUCAGCCCUUAAACCCAGUGAAGUGUGUCUGCGAGUGUACAGAGUCUCCAAACAAGUGCUUUUUGAAAGGAAAGAGGUUUCAUCCUCACACCUGCAGUUGCUACAGGCCGCCCUGUCGGGUCCGAAGGAGGGGCUGUAAACAGGGACUUUACUUCAGCGAGGAGAUUUGUAACUGUGUCCCCACAUACUGGAGAAGACCAUACAAUGACCAUUAUUGAUGGCAAUGGUCACUUGGCGACCAAGGAAAGAUUUAUUAGACUUUCACAUGGAUGCUACUACCGAAAGGAAGAACACUGUAUAGAAGAAAACGCAUAGCAUUUACAUCUCUGGUUCAGCAGUGCACCAGAGACACAGGAGGGCCCAACGCUAUCCCGACGCUGCACAUUUCGGCAGAAGUGCAAACAUAAAAUGUAGAAACUCACCUGGAGUCUUUGAAAAGAACUCAGCCAGGCUUCAUGUGACAUGUUGAUGGUCAAAAGGUCUAGAUCCUUCCAAGCUAAUUUUUUUUUAAGAUAAUGAAUCUAUAUCUAAUUUAUUGCCACAAAAAUAUUGUGCAACAUUCCUGUUCGUAGCAGUUAACAACUGUAAGAGCUCACUGUGAUCUGUAUUUUUAUAUCAUGUAAAAUAUCUUUAAAAAUAAAAGGCAAAAGUGUA